GAGUUUAGAACUCUCUGAAGUGUUUUAUUUGUUUUCCAGUUGCUAAAGUUUUAAAUCUUAAAGCAUUUUAAGAAAAAUGGCUCCUAAGAAAGCAGCUGAGACCAAGAUCCUCUCUCCUAAAGCUCAGAGUCCUGAGAGGAACCAGGCUGAGGAACCGGAAGCAGAAGUUUCUUCAGAGCCGACCAAAGCUGCCGCCCCCAAAAAAGUCCCGACUCAUCCCUCCACCAUGGACAUGCUGAAGGAAGCCCUGAUGGAGCUGGACUCCAGGAAGGGCGUCUCUGCUCAGGCCAUCCGAACCUUCAUCAAGGAAAAGCACCCGACUGUGGACGAGACCAGGCUGAAGUUGAUGGUUCGUAAAGCUCUGGCUAAAGGCCUGGAGUCUGGAGCUUUGGUACGACCGGCGAAAUCAACUUCCACUGGAGCUCAAGGCCGAUUCCGGCUUGCAGUAAGGAAGCCCAAAGAUGCUAAACCACCCAAGACCAAGGAGGCUAAAGAGAACGCUAACCCUAAUGUUGGAAAAGGCAAAGCUAAAGAUGGAGGUGCUGAGAAGGGAAAGUCUACAAAGAAGGCCAAGUCUGCUGCUGAGGGGGAGAAACCCAAGAAGACUAAGAAAGACGCCUCAGCUUCAAAAGUAGCUCCAGCUAAGAAGCCCAAGGCCAAACAGAACAGCAGCAGCGCUGCUGCCGGUGAGGAGCCCAAACCCAAAGCCCAGAAACCCUCAAAAACCACCAAGAGCGAGGAGGCGGAGUCUGAUAAACCCACGCAGAAGAAGGGAGGGAAGAAAGGAGCUCAGAAAGCAGAGGAAGGAGCGACGGAGGAAACCGAGGCGGCGGUGGCCGGGAAGAAAGGGAAGAAGGCGGGUCAGAAAGCGAGUGAUGGAGGAGAGGAAGGAAAAGAAGGUCAGAAAGCCACUGGGAGAAAAGGAAGGAAAGCAGCUGAGAAAUGAGACGAGUGACUGAUGGUUUUAACUUUUCUUUCUUCUUUUUUGCACUUUACUGUAUAAUUUAAUCUCAAAUAAAAGCUUUUUGUACUUAAA